AUGGUUGACUGGAAGGCAUGGUGGUCGCCCGCCCCCUCGCUCGACAUCCCGGGCCUCGAGACGGUCGACCUCGCCGACAAGGCCAUGGAGCGCCGCAUCGUCCGCAAGCAGGACCUUCACAUCCUGCCCUGGGUCUGCGUCUCCUACCUUCUGAACUACCUUGAUCGAGUCAACCUCGGAAACGCUCGCACAUUGAACAACGACACGCCCGAAGACAACAUUGUCACGCAGCUCAACCUCACCGGCCAGCGCUACAAUGUCGCUGUCGCCCUCUUUUUCGUGCCUUACGUCCUCAUGGAGUUCCCCUCCAACAUCCUCCUCAAGUACUUCUCGCCCUCGCGCUGGAUCUCCCGCAUCAUGGUCUCCUGGGGCAUCAUCACCAUCUGCACCGCUGCCGUCUCCACCUACGGCGGCCUCAUCACCGUCCGCAUCUUUCUGGGUCUCGCCGAGGCUGGUUUCUUCCCCGGUAUCAUGAUGUACCUCUGCUUCUGGUACAAGCCCGACGAGCGCGCCACGCGCAUGGCCAUCUUCGCGUCCUCCGUUGCCGUCGCCGGUGCCUUUGGCGGCCUUCUCGCCACGGCCAUCUCCUUCCUCAACAACAAGGGCGGUCUCAACGGCUGGCAGUGGCUCUUCAUCCUCGAGGGCAUCCCCUCCGUCAUUGUCGGCGUCCUCAUCUGGUUCUACCUGCCCGACUACCCCCAGACCGCCGCCUGGCUCACUCCCGAGGAGCGCGCCUUCGCCGUCAAGCGCCUCGGCCCCUACGCCCCAUCCAUGACCGACAAGCACUGGGACAGCACUGUCGCCAAGGAGACCCUCUCGAACCCCAUGUUCUGGCUGUUUGCCUGCCAGUACUUCCUCAUGGCCAACUCUCUCAACGCCUUUGGCUACUUUGCGCCCACCAUUGUCGCCUCGCUCGGCUUCUCGGGCCACAACGCCCAGCUGCUCACCGUCCCGCCCAACGUCGUCGCCAUGAUUGUCAUCAUCAGCAACUGUCUGCACUCUGAUCGGACAAGGGAGCGCUCGCGCCACGUCAUUGGCGCUCUCGUCUUCGUCGGCACCGGCUACCUAUUGCUCGCUGUCGUCCGUCACUGGGGUGUGCGCUACUUUGCCGUCUGCAUCAUUGCUUGCACCAACGCUGCUGUCCUGCCCUUUGUCGCUCACCGCACGGCCACCGUGUCCGGCUCGACUGCCACGGCCCUCGCCACGGGUGGCAUGAUCGCCAUCUCCAACUGUGGCGGUAUCUCGGCCCCCUUCCUGUUCCCCAAAGUCGACGGCCCCAUGUACUCCAUGGGCAACUGGACAAUUUUUGCCUUCCUCAUUGUCGCCGCCUGCAUGACCUGCUUCACCUGGUACAUGUACGGUAGCCAUGCCGGGUACCGCACAGGUGCGCGUGAUGAGAAUGGCAACCUUGAGGUUCUUGAUGCCACCUCGGGUGACCCUGAUGAGAUCAUGAACAAGGCCAUGGGUCUCGAGAAGAAGAAGGACCUGCAACAGGAUGUGUAA